AAGUUCCACAUCGGCGGUGUCAAGUUGGCAACAUCGCCAGAAUACGUGGCCCGUGUAUUUUCUGUGUGAAUUUCGUAUCUUGUUUAUAUUUUUUAUUGCAAUUAUUCACUUAUAAAUAGCCCAAAAACCGUGAACAAGUUGCCAGUACAAGAUGAUGAAUCCACAGUUCAUGCCUCCCGGGCAAAACAACAAUGCACCAACCAACCCGCUUGGGUACCCUCCAUCAUCACAAGAUAUUAACGGUCACCAAAACCCUAACAUGUAUAGCCAAAUGCCAAGCAACGGACAACCCAUGCCACCAAUGAACGACAUGGCACAGAAGAUGCAAGGCAUGAACUUAAACGGGCCUCAAGGAUUCCCGCCUUCCCAACUGCCUCCCGGUCAGAUGCCGCCCGGAGCCAACUUCCCUCCUUCUUCAAAUUUUGGUCCAGGCCAGGGCCCCCCGGGACAAAGGCCCGGUGCAAGCUAUCCCCCUGGUAGGCCCGGAGGCCCCCCACAGCAGCCGCAAGGUCCACCUCAGAUGCCUCCGAGCUCCACCCCGCAUGGCUUUGCUCCCCCAAGUCUGGGUUCUGACCAGAAUAGGGGCUACAUGCCACCUCAGGGGCCUCCACAGGGCAUGCAAGGACCUCCUAAGCCAAUGCAGCCCCCUAGCUCUCAACCUAGUCAAAUGGGCCCACCACAGAUGGGUCAGCCGGGCAUGCCACCGCAGCCUGGCUUCCAGGGCCAGCCCGGGCAGCAGCCCCCGCAGCCCAGCAUGAUGCCCCCACAGCAGCGGCAGCCGGGGCUCCCGCCGCAACCCGGACAACCUCCUCAGUCUGGGCUACCUCCACAAAACAUGCCUCCACAGCAGCAGAUGCCCGGUGGCCCUCAGCCCGGCAUGCAGCAGCCAAUGAAGCCUCCAAUGCCUCAACAAGGGCAGCCGGGCCUUCCACCGUCUGGCCCAGGGCUGCCUCCGCAGCCCGGCCAGCCAGGGUUGCCACCUCUACCUAGUCAGCCGGAUCUGCCUCCCCAGCCAGGGUACCCAGGCCAGCAGGGCAUGCCGCAGCCAGGACAGAUGCCGCCUCGGCAGGGUCCUCCACAACCGGGACAGAUGCCUCCAUCAUCACAACCUGGGUUGCCUCCUCAGCCGGGGAUGCCGCCCCAGCCUGGAAUGAACCAGCUCGGGCUACCUCCACAACCAGGCAUGCCUCCACAACCGGGAAUGCCUCCACAACCGGGGAUGAACCAACAGCAAGGCAUGCCUCCUCAACCUGGGAUGCCUCCUCAAUCUGGGAUGCCUCCACAACCGGGAAUGCCUCCUCAGCCCGGGAUGCAACAGCAGCAACAACAGUUCCAGGGCCAGCCGCCGAUGCCGGGGUUGCCGCACAUGCCGCCGCCGCUGUCGCAGCAACGCCAGUACCCGCCGGCGCAGCAACCCGCGCAGCAGUACCCAGGCAUGCAACAGCCUCAACCCGGCUACCCCCCCCAACAGCAGCCGGGCUACCCCCCGCAGCCCGGGUACCCCCAACAGCCAGGCUAUCCGCAGCAGGGCGCGUUCCCCGCGCAGCAGCCGAGCCACCCGCAGUAUGGGUACCAGCAGCCGCCGCAGAAGAGGCUGGACCCUGACCAGAUGCCCAGUCCGAUCCAGGUGAUGGCGGACGACCAGCAGAACCGCGGCGGCGUGUUCGUCACCAACGAGAAGGGUUUAGUGCCGCCGCUCGUCACGACCGACUUUAUAGUGGACGAUAAGGGGAAUGCUAGUCCCCGCUACAUUCGCAGUUCCAUGUACAGUGUACCUGUAACCGCCGACCUACUGAAGCAGACCGCCAUGCCAUUCUGUCUCGUUAUAUCCCCGAUGGCCGAAACCGUGGGCACGGAACAAGAGCCCCCUCUCAUAGACUUCGCGGCGCUGACGGGGUCUCCCACGCUAGGCCCCGUGCGGUGCGCGCGCUGCAAGGCCUACAUGUGCCCCAACAUGAAGUUUGUGGACGCGGGACGCCAUUUCAAGUGCGCGUUUUGUAAGGCGCAGACUGAAGUUCCGAUGGAGUACACCCAAUACAUCAACAGUAUGCAGCAGUACGGCCGAGUUCCCGCCGAGAUGGCGCUGGGAGCCUACGAGAUCGUCGCUACUAAGGAGUACUGUCGGAACAACACGCUGCCCAACCCGCCGGCGCUGGUGUUCGUGAUCGACGUCUCCUACAAUUCCGUCAAAAACGGCUUACUCGAGACCCUGUGCGACAACAUCAUGACCAUCAUACAGUCGAUGCCGACGGACGAGGCCGGACGCAGCUACACUCGCGUCGGGUUCAUCACAUACAGCUCUACCGUGCACUUCUACAACAUCAAGGGCACGCUCGCGCAGCCGCAAAUGUUAUCAGUGGGCGACGUCGGGGACAUGUUCGUGCCUCUACUGGAAGGGUUCCUGGAGCGGCCCGAAGACAGCGGCCCCGUGCUGCAGCAGCUGCUGGAGAUGCUGCCCGUGCUGUUCCGCGACAACCGCGACACCGAGACCAUCCUGCUGCCCGCCGUACAGGCGGGUCUAGAAGCCCUGAAAGCCGCCGACACGUCCGGCCAACUCCUAGUGUUCAACACCACCCUACCUACCUACCCCGCGCCGGGGAAACUGAUCAACAGAGAGGACAGGAAACUGCUGGGGACGGAUAAGGAGAAACAGAUACUGGCCCCCCAAACCACGGACUACAACGAGCUGGGCCAAGCCUGCUCGGCGGCGGGAGUGUGCGUGCAGCUGUUCACGUGCAACAACGCGUAUGUGGACGCGGCGACGAUAGGGCAGCUGCCGCGGCUCACGGGGGGACAGACGCACAAGUACACGUACUUCACUGCGGACGUAGACGGCCCCCGUCUCAUCCACGAUGUGGUACGAGUUGUCUCCCGCCCCACCGCGCACGACGCCGUCAUGCGCGUGCGUUGUUCCACGGGGGUCAGAGCCACGGAGUUCUACGGACACUUCUUCAUGAGUAAUACGACGGAUAUCGAGCUCGCUGCUAUUGACGCGGACAAAGCAGUCGGUAUCGAGAUCAAGCACGACGACAAGCUCACAGCCGAGGACGGCGUGUACAUACAGGCCGCUCUGCUCUACACACACAGGAGCGGUCAGCGGCGGCUGCGAGUGCUGAACCUGGCGCUGUCGGUGGCGCAGCAGCUCGCCGACACCUACCGCAGCGCGGACACUGAUACUAUUGUCAACUUCCUCACCAAGCAAGCGAUCUGGGCGCUCCGUGAGACCCCCCCUCGACAAAUCCGCGAAGGGCUCACCUCCCGCUGCGCCCGCUGCCUGGCCGCGUACCGCCGCCACUGCGCCUCGCCCUCCGCGCCGGGCCAGCUCGUGCUGCCCGAGUCCAUGAAGCUGCUGCCGCUGUACACCAACUGCGUCAUACACGGCGACGCGUUGCACGGAGGCUCCGACAUAACGUGCGACGAGCGAGCAUGCGCCAUGUACCGCGCGCUCACCGCGGACGUGGCCACGUCGUGCGCGCUGACCUACCCGCGCCUGCUGCCGCUGCACCGCCUGCGGGAGGGGGAUACACCGGCCAUGCUGCGCGCCAGCAAAGACAAGAUGGAAGACCAGGGGAUUUACCUGCUGGAGAACGGCGUGCACAUGCUGCUCUGGGUAGGCUCGGCCGCGUCGCCCGAGCUGACCCAGGCUCUAUUCGGCCAGCCCUCCCCCCAGGCCAUAGACACGAGUGUGAGGGAGCUGCCAGUACUGGAUAACGAGCUGAGCGAGGCAGCCAGAGAGUUGGUGGACCAGGCCAGGCGCCAGCGCCGGGUCUACAUGCGGCUAACGAUAAUGCGGCAACACGACAAGCUGGAGGCGGUGCUACGACACUUCCUUGUGGAAGACCGCGGCGUGGACGGCCGCGUGUCGUACGUGGACUACCUGUGCCACAUACACAAGGAGAUCCGGGCGCUGCUAUAGCAUCUGUACGACUGAAUAGACCGGACAAACGCCGGGAGAAAACGCAGCGACAAAAUGGCGGAUGGUUACGAAUUGGCCGGCGAUUUCAAAAUGGUUGAAGUUUUCAAAAUGGCCGGUGUUUUCAAAAUGGCCGGUGAUUUCAAAAUGGCGGAGUAAAUUGUGUGGCUGCGUUUUCGUUGCUCUUCGGAAUGGACUUAAAUGUUGAAUGCGUGGAGGCUUUGUUGAUUCUACUUGAAAAGUUUAGUGUUUGUGUAAAAAUAUAUAAUUAUGUAUUAUUAUAACGGUGAGAGUUUAUACGUUUUAUCGGCGUGAGAGAAGUUUCUAAUGUGUAAACGUAAAUAAAAACAUGUUGAGUCGAGAUUUUGUGAAAUUAUAAUUAUUAUUGUGGUAAUUGAAAACGAUAUUCCAAUGUAAAUAAGUUUAGUUUAACAUACCUACUACUUAUAGUAUACAAAAUAUCGUUAAAACGAACAUGUAUGCCAGACGCAUUUUUCAUAAUUUAACAAAAUAUAAGUAAAUCUACUGCCAAAUUUUACCUAAGGGCUAAUUCACACCUACCACAAUCACACCCACAGUUGGAAGUAUAUUUUGUAUUCAAAAUAUGAAUAGGAGUUUUCAUACGUAGGUACUAAUUGUGAAAUUACAACUCGGAAUUAUUAUUGUAAAUUAAGAUGUUAUAUUUUUAAAGCAUGAGAAUUAAUUUGCAUUGUUGUUCAGGUUUUUAGCAUUAACUUCCUCAUAUGAAUCACAAUAAUAACAUAGGUAACGUAUCUUCCAUUACAGUCCUUAAAUAGAUUAAAUAAAAUUACACAGUAAAAUAUGACUUUAAAAAAGCCAUUUUGGUAAGGAUGUGAAAUGACAAAAAUGAAUGAUUUUACUCUUGACUGAUAGCGAGUUAUCCGAUAAUCUUUUGAGUCAUACUUUACUGUUAUGUAUUAUAUCCUUGCAGUGUUAGGUUUAUGAAAGGUUGUUUGGCUCAUACUUACGCUACAAUAAACAUGUAAUGAGAAUAUAACAUCACUGCUUAUACUUUUACCUAGCUGAAUAGUUUGUCUAAUGUAUGAGAAACCCUAUUAUUAUUGCAAAUAUACGAAAUUUUCAGCAAUAGUUUUUUCUAGUUCCCUGGAUAAAAGUCUUGCUGAAAAAUUCUGAUUGAAUAUUAUAUUUUAGUUAAAGAGGUGAAGUUAUUGUUGAUAAUGUAUUAUUAAUUAUUGAAAUUGUAUUCGAUCCAAUUUGUAAGUUUAGUAUAGAUACCUAUGAAUGAUGAAAUAAAAAUCUUUUGUAUAUACCUA